AUGCAGCUCUUCAUAUCCCUUCUCCUCGCUGGACUGAGCAGUGCAAACGAAAUUGAGAAACGGAAUGGUGGUUCAACUGCUCCUACUGCCAUGGAACUCCUCUAUGAAGCCAUCAACGAUGAGUUGGCACGGUAUACAAUAUUGGCUCUAGGCUGCGCUGCCGCCGCCAUGUAUGUCUGGAAACUUACAAUUCAGUUCAACAACCACCUACGAAGGCUGUCUACUUUCAGCGAUGACACACAGCGGUACUUCGUUUCUGGCCACGAAACUUUUUCUUGGAUCAAGAACCACAUUAUCUAUGCUCCAUUUUUCCGCGCACGGCACAAUCGAGAAUUCCAGCUCUCGUCGGCUAUCAACAUGGGUACUCUCCCAAGUCGCUUUCAUGGAUUCCUCGUUGCUGGAGUCAUUGCCAUGAACGUCAUUCUCUGUGUGGUAACUGUUCCUUACGGCUCUAUGGAAGUCUCUGCGGCUCAGGUUGUGCGCAACCGUACUGGCACGAUGGCCACCGUGAAUCUUAUUCCCCUUGUCCUGAUGGCUGGCCGGAACAACCCUCUUAUAGCUAUGCUUCAUGUCCCAUUUGAUACUUGGAAUUUGCUACAUCGAUGGCUCGGGCGUAUAGUAGUCCUGGAAGCCCUUGCACAUACUUUUGCUUGGGCCAUCCCCAAAGCUCAAGAAGCUGGCUGGGACAUUGUUGGAAAGGCAAUGACAAAAAGCAGCUUCCUGGCAUCAGGUUUGGUGGCCGUCUGUGCAAUGGUAGCGAUUUUACUACAAUCUCCAUCGCCUAUUCGUCAUGCUUUCUAUGAAAUAUUCCUACACUUGCACAUUGCCCUCGCAGUUGUCUUCUUAGCCUUGCUAUGGGUACAUUUGAAUGGCCUUGCUGCGCAGACCUACCUGCUCGUUGCUAUCAUCUUUUGGGCCCUCGAGCGAACCACUCGUCUUUUCAUCAUUCUGUACCGUAAUGUUGGUCGCGAGCCCACCACUGCAGUCGUUGAGGCGAUGCCUGGAGAUGCGAUGCGCAUCACAUUGAAAAUGGCCCGGCCCUGGACCUGUCGACCUGGUCAACACCUAUAUCUCUACAUCCCAGCCGUCGGGUGGUGGACUUCACACCCGUUCUCUGUUGGGUGGAGUGAAACACAAGAGGUGAACACAGACGAAAAGUCCCUGCCGAUUUCCCAUCAAGAUCUCCUUGGCAUACCGCAGAAGACAAGUAUAUCGCUUGUUGUCCGCCGCCGAACAGGACUGACCGACAAACUCUACCAACGUGCUGCCGACUCUAUCGGAUCCCGCAUCACCCUGCGGGCUUUCGCCGAGGGGCCGUAUGGAAACAUCCAUUCCAUGGAUUCAUACGGCACAGUCAUGCUUUUUGCCGGUGGUGUCGGUAUCACGCACCAUGUCCCCUUUGUCCAGCAUCUUGUAGCCGGCUUUGCCGAGGGCACGGUAGCCACCCGCCGACUCACUCUAGUUUGGAUCAUCCAGUCUCCCGAACACUUGGAGUGGAUCCGUCCUUGGAUGACCAACAUUCUGGGAAUGGAUCGCCGUCGAGAAAUCCUGCGUAUCAUGCUGUUCAUUACCCGUCCACGCAAUACUAAGGAGAUCCAGAGCCCUUCAGCAACUGUACAGAUGUUCCCUGGUCGGCCGCAGAUCGAUACUCUCAUCGGGAUGGAAGCGGAGAACCAGGUUGGCGCAAUGGGUGUGAUGGUUUGUGGCAAUGGAGGCUUGAGUGAUGAUGUCCGUCGCGUCUGCCGGAAAAGACAAGACAAGUCUAAUCUGGACUACAUUGAGGAAAGUUUCUCCUGGUAG